AUGCUCGCUAUACAGGUUAGGUUCAAUACUCGCUCUGCAUGUUGGGAUCAAAGCCCGCUCUUUAUGUUGCGAUCAAAACCCGCUCUGCAGGUUGGGUUGAAUAUUUGCUCUGCUGGUUGGGUUCAGUGUUUGCUCUCCAGGUUGGGUUCAAUGUUUGCUCUGCAUGUUGGGUUCAAUGCUCGGACUGCAGGUUAUUUUCAAUGUUCGCUCUGCAGAUUGGGUUCAAUGCUCGCUCUACAGGUUGGGUUCAAUACUCGCUCUGCAGGUAAGGUUCAAUGCUCGCUCCACAGGUUAAGUUCAAAUAUCUCUCUGCAGAUUAGUUUCAAUGCUCGCUCUGCUGAUUUGGGUUUAAUCUUCACUUUGCAGGUUGGGUUCAAUGCCUGCUCUGGAGAUUCGGUUCAAUGCUCGCUCUACAGGUCGGGUUCAAUGCUCGCACUGCAGGUUAGUUUCAAUGCUCGCUCUGAAGGUUUAAUGCUCGCUCUGUAUGUUGGGAUCAAAACCCGCUCUGCAGGUUGGGUUCAAUGCUUGCUCUGUAGGAUGGUUUCAAUGCUUGCUCUGCAUGUUGGCUUUAAUGCUCGCUUUGCAGGUUCAAUUCUGGCUCUGCAGGUUAGGCUUUAUGCUCGCUCUGCAUGUUGGGAUCAAAGCCCGCUUUGCAGUUUGGGUUCAAUGUUUGCUCUGCAGGUUGGGUUCACUGCUCGCUCUGUUAUAUUCAAUGCUCGCUCUGCAGCUUAUGUUCAAUACUCGCUCUGCAUUUUGGGUUCAAUGCUCGCUCUGCAGGUUGAGCUCAAUGCUCGCUCUGCAGGUUUAUUUCAAUGCAUGUUUCUCAAUACACUAGUAUAA